GCUGCUGCAUAGUUGAGUAAAUAUAGGAGUGGCCGCAAAAGCGGGUUUUGCCGGUGAUUUUGGAGCGACUGCUUCGAAGGGAAGAGAGGGAAUCUGAAUUUCUUCUUCUUCUUCUUCUUCUUCUUCUGAUUGAUGGUGUUUUCUUCUUCUAUCUGAGCAAUUACUGCUGCAAAAACGGCGAGAUAUGUUUGCCAGGGAAAUGUUUCCUUUUCAUAUUGUCCUUUUCGUUUCCAACCAAAAACUUAGCACUUUUAAAAGCUAAGAAAGAGGCUGAUGCUGAUGGGAAACUUGUGAUCUAGUCCAGUGCCUCACCAUGUCAACAAGGCAAACUCACCUUCCUCCUCGCUGUCCGAUUCAAAAGAGAACAACUGCGGGUUCAAUUAAUGGUUCGGUCGCGUUAUCCCCACCUGUUAAUGAAUUCUUUCUGCAUCGUGACACUCCUUCACAAAGUUCUGUGUUGGAGGAUGAGCCUGUAUGGCUUGGUGAACUAUUAAGCGACUGUGAAUCAAAUUCGAAAGGAAAACCACUUCGUCGCUCGGCUAGUGACUCUGUCACCCUUUUGGAUGGUCUUGCAGACUCGUUGAGGAGUCUUUGUAUUGAAAAAGAUGUGGAGAAUUCAGUUGACAAUGAAGCUUGUGAACAAUGGGAUCCAUCUUGCAUUUAUGGACCUAACUCACCUAGGAAAAAAUGCAGUUCAGAUUUUUCAAACUACAAUAUGGUUUCUGCAUUAUCGGAAUUUGUUCAUCUUCACCAUGCUACACCAGUGCACACAGAUAUUUGUUCGGUUGGCGAGAGCUCUUCUUCAAAGUUAAAUGGAGACAUUAGCGAAUCAGUUAGGGAGGUUAACUCUGAUGAAAACGCAGCAAAACGGCAUAACGGGCAGCGCUCAAGGGUUCGUAAGCUUCAAUACAUUGCUGAACUGGAGAGGAAGGUUAAUGUUCUCCAGACUGUAGAAUCACAGCUGGCAAUACGAGUAGCAUCACUGCUUCAAGAACGGGUGGCUCUAUCGAUGGAGAAUAGCAAAUUAAAGCAGCAGGUUGCAAGAGUUCGACGAGAAAAAUUGACUUCAGAAGGCAGACACCAGGUACUCAAGAAGGAAGUGGAGAAAUUGAAGGUUGUAUUUGCAAAACAGCAAGUCAAGAGCUCAUUUUGAGCCAUGUUCUCCCGAUUCGUUUCUCGGCCGAGUAGUCGGAGGGAAGACCGAACCAACCAUCGAAGGAUCAACCAUAGAAUCCAUGUGACUGAACUGCUUGCCUCCUGCUGCCAUUGGCAAUUAUUUUCUGCCAAUGAAAUGAACACUGAUCUGACCCCCUAGGAUAUAUUUGCAGGAAAAAAAAAAAAAAAAAAAAAAAAAAAAACUUGAACUCCUGAUCUUUCUUUCUCAUCUUUGCGGUCUCUCUGUGUUUGAAAAUGAACCUUUUGGAUUGGAGGAAGAAGGAAGGGUUUUGAAGUUGAAA